UCUCAACACUACCCACUACCACUCAGCGCAGACGUUUCCUUCCGCCGCCAUCCUCCAUCCCAGACCCAGACAGCAGACACAAACCUGCGCCUAACCAUGAGCUUCACAGUAGAACAGAGGGGAGCCCUCAACUCCCUGAGCUACCGCCUCUUCUUCAAAAAUGGAGAAGGAAAGUACAUCUCACCAUUCCACGACAUACCCAUAUAUGCUGAUGAGAGUCAGAAUAUCUUCCACAUGGUUGUUGAAGUACCAAGAUGGACAAACGCAAAGAUGGAGAUCGCUACAAAAGACGUCUUAAACCCAAUAAAGCAAGAUGUGAAGAAGGGCAAGUUGCGCUAUGUUGCCAAUGUUUUCCCACACAAAGGCUACAUCUGGAACUACGGAGCCAUUCCUCAGACAUGGGAAGAUCCCACACACAAAGAUGGAGACACUGGCUGCUGUGGUGACAACGACCCUAUCGACGUCUGUGAAAUCGGCAGUAAGGUGUGCUCCCGUGGGGAGGUAAUCAAAGUAAAGGUACUCGGGAUCCUGGCCAUGAUCGAUGAGGGUGAGACUGAUUGGAAAGUGAUUGCAAUCAAUGUGGAGGACCCUGAAGCCAAUGACCUGAACAACAUCAGUGACGUCCAGCGCCUGAAACCUGGCUAUCUGGAGGCCACAGUCGACUGGUUCAGGAGGUACAAAGUGCCAGAUGGGAAACCAGAGAACCAGUUCGCUUUCAACGAGCAAUUCAAAGACAAGGAUUUUGCCAUUGAAGUAAUCAAGAGCACCCACAGCUUCUGGAAAUCCCUCAUUUCCCAGCAGACCAAUGCUGGUGAACUGAACUGCAAAAACACGUGUGUCUCGGCCAACGACAGCCCGUACUGCUGCUCAGCCGAUGAGGCUAAAGCUGUUGUUGAAGGAUGUCCUUGUGGAAAAGAGGAAACGAUCCCCUCAUCAGUAGAUAAAUGGUACUACUACGAGAGGAAGUAAUCCAGGACCUGUUUGGAUUGGAGCACAGUGAAAGGCUCAUCUCUCAUAGGAAUACUUGAAGAUGGUCUUAUAUUAGGAACCAAUGGGACGGCAGGACGGGACAGCGGUGGCUGGGUCUGGGUCUGCUGUUUCCCUGUAGAUGGAGAGAUAGUGGUUAGAUUCUGUA